AUGUCUGUCGAGAAAGAUAUCAAUUCCGUUGAUGCGAAGACCGGUGACCUUCGUAAGGUCACUGCGAAGGCCCACGAAGCGGAAAUUAAGGUUGCAGCACAUGACCUCAAUAGAAGAGAGUCGCUCAGUGCAUAUUUUACCAUCCUUGCUGCUGGGUUUGGUUUGAUCAGUGACGGCUACCAAAAUAAUCUGAUGACGAUGAGCAACGUUAUCUUCAAGGAAUUAUACCCAAAUGAUUACACAUCAACUGUGUCCACUCGUGUCUCAAAUUCCUUGUUAGUUGGUGCUGUACUUGGCCAGAUAUUUGUGGGUUUGAUCUGUGACAGGGUGGGACGCAAAGUUGCCCUUGUCUCGACAACCCUGCUCAUUGUCAUUGGUGCUAUCCUUGGUACUGCGGCCCACGGUGCGCACGGAAGCGCCCAGGGAUUGUUUUGGUUCUUAACUAUCGCUCGAGGCAUCACGGGUGUCGGCGUUGGAGGUGAAUAUCCUGCUUCUUCCACGAGUGCCAGCGAAGCUGCGAAUGAGACGGCACAGGCAAAUCGCGGUCCAGCAGUAUUCAUCAUGGUUACGAACUUUGUUCUAUCCUUUGGUGGCCCCCUCGCUGUAUCUGUGUUUCUGAUUGUCUUAUCGGCUGCUGGAGAUAAUCAUCUAGAGACGGUCUGGCGCGUGUGCUUUGGCAUUGGCAUAUUGCUCCCUUUGACCGUAUUCUUCUUCCGUCUUCGGAUGCUGAGCUCUAAGCUGUACCGUAAGGGUGCUAUCAAGCGUCGCGUCCCAUAUGGACUCGUAUUCAAGCGUUAUUGGCGUGAGUUGAUCGGAACUUGUGGGGCUUGGUUCCUUUACGAUUUUGUCACAUUCCCUAACGGUGUCUUCUCGGGUACCAUUAUUUCCAGCGUCAUCCACGACGGCAGCAUAAAGGCGACGGCAGAAUGGCAACUUCUUCUCGGAAUAAUCGCGCUCCCUGGUGUUUUCGUGGGUGCCUAUCUCUGUAAUAGAUUGGGUCGAAGAAAUACGAUGAUGCUCGGCUUCUCUGGAUACCUCUUAUUUGGCCUCAUCAUUGGACUGGCUUACAACAAGAUCACGAAAAUUAUACCAUUAUUCGUCAUUUUCUAUGGGCUUAUGCAGUCAGUCGGAAACAUGGGACCCGGUGACAUGCUUGGUCUGACGAGCUCGGAGUCAUAUGCGACUCCAAUUCGCGGCACCUGCUACGGUUUAUCUGCUGCUAUUGGGAAGACUGGAGCAGCCAUUGGCACUCAGGCUUUCACUCCCAUACAGAAUAAUCUGGGUAAACAGUGGACGUUCAUCAUUGCCGCUAUUUGUGGUGUAACCGGUGUCCUGAUCACGUAUUUCUGCGUCCCAGACAUGACUGGGGUUGACCUCGCCGACGAAGACGCCAAAUUCAUGAAAUACCUCGCUGACAAUGGUUGGGAAGGCGAGGUAGGUGAAGACAAUGAGAAAGCAUUCGCAGACCACCACGUCGCUGAAGCAGGUUCUACUGAAAGACUCUGAUUGAAAUACAUACUUGAAGCCAUUACUUGGCGGUGUCCUUGGACUCCAUUCGUGAUGGUCUACUUUUUGUCCACAGCACUCAAUUUUAUGUAAAGUGAUCGUUUAGCUACUUCACUGGAGUAUGUUCUUCCUACAUACUUACUAUACUAGCACAUUCCAAGAGAUACAACAAAUCCGUUCAGCGUGACGGCAACAAAAUGAAUCGGUGUCACGGCUGCCAAACAUAAGCAUUCCACCUGGCUUUCCCCAGGUGAAGCAUUCAGCCAGUGUCACUGUCCGUUACUAUUCGUGACAUGAGUGUGACUUUACGAAAUAGUGGACGAAUAGAGUGUAACCGAGUUACUGAGAGCAUAGUUUUCUGCCCGCCGACAGUUCCGUAGGGUGGACUAACACUGG